GAUAGCCUAUUUGUCAGUCUGAACUGGGGGUAGGCUAUCUCGGAAAUAAUCUGCCCACACGUUAAGCUGCUUUAUCCCCAACAAGCCUCAGACUGCUGCGCUCUGACACCAGUCUAAGGGAAGCCGUCGGAAUUACAAAGACAGAAAGAAAAAGUGACAGAGCACGGGCAAAUAAUUCUGCCAAGACCGGCUGGGUGACAGUCAGGGGUGUGCGCUCGCCCUGUGCCAUACAUGACCAGACUCUGGUCCUGAAGCUGAGCCUGCUGUUGUGUUGUCAGUCUGAGAGGCAGAGGGACUUUAACAACUUCACACUGGGAAUUUAACCACAGCGAGAAGCUGGCAACGGAGGUUUGGGCAUGGAACACACUGGACUUUGGAUACUCUUAAUAACAGUUUGUACUUUUCCCGAAAUAAAUGGACAAAAGGUGGAAAUGGAUGAUGGGAAGUGGGGGUAUGUUGGCUCAAAGGUGGACCUCCGAUGUCGAUUCAUCAACAGCUCCCCACCUGUCAAAAUUUCACAGGUAACAUGGCAGAAACUGGUGAAUGGUACCAAGCAAAAUGUGGCAAUUGCAAAUCCAUCCUUGGGUGUGUCUGUGGCCCCACCUUACAGAGACCGUGUUGCCUUCAAGAACGGAGCAGUUAGACGACGAACUCCUAAUCUUGAAGACACGACCAUCAGCUUCUCUUCGCUCCGACUUACUGACGAGGCCACUUACAUCUGUGAAUAUACCACAUUCCCUGCAGGAAACAGAGAGAACACUGUAAAUCUCACUGUGUAUGUCCGCCCAAAAACUCAGAUGACUCUUUCCACACCGACACUAGUGGCUCGAUCAUCCAAUUUGAAAACCCCAGUGGCUACCUGCAUCUCUGCCAAUGGAAAACCACCUGGCACCAUCAGGUGGGAGGCAAGGGUGCCUGGAGAAGUGACAACCCGAGAGUACAGGAACCCAGACGGGACAUUCACUGUUCAGAGUGACUACAUUUUGGUUCCCAGUAAAGAAACACACAGAGAGACGCUCACCUGUGUCACCUCUUACAACGAGGAGGUCUACACUGACAGCGUCACCCUCGAUAUUCAGUAUGAGCCAGAAGUUACGGUGGAUGGGUAUGAUGGAAACUGGUAUCUAAACCGAGAGAACGUCCAGCUGAACUGCCAGGCUGAUGCCAAUCCAGCUGUUUCUCUGUAUCAGUGGAGACUGAUUAAUGGCUCCAUCCCGAGCAAUGCUGAGAUCCGGGAUAAUGUCCUCAUCUUCAAAGGACCAGUCACACUGGACCUGCAGGGAACUUACGUGUGCGAUGCAACCAACAGUAUCGGGACAAGAUCAGCCUUUGUGGAGGUCAGCAUUAUAGAAAAGCCACUACCCCAGAUAGCAACAGCUGAUUUCAUCAGUGUAAUUGCCUUAUUAUUGGCUGCUGGUGUACUCAUGGGCAUUACCAUCACAGUUCUGGUGCUGAAAAUAAGAAGCAGCAAAGACAACUCCUCAAACAACUCUCCAUCCAGAAAACCGUCUCAGCCAACAAGAAAGAAACCAGGUGAUGACAUCCAGCAUUCAGGACAGUUUUAUGAAGAGCUUCCAAACACAGCGGAUUACGUCAGCUACAGACUGGCCUGUAACAAGGAUGACUACCCAGAGCCCUACUCCCCUCCUCUCUCCUUUCUCCCCCAGCAGCCCUACCACUCCUCACAAACAAUACCUGCAACAAGCAGCAGCUCCAACACCAACACCCUGCCAAAAAACACCUUCGCUCCUCCUUCACACACAACAGCCGUCUUUAAAUACCCCUCUUUGCCGGGUUUGUCUUCUCCUCCUCCAGGAGUGGGGGCGUACACUUUCCCCAAAGAGCAGUAUGUCUGAAGCAGUACUGUUGCACGCUUAAACGUCUGUGUUGAGCUCAAUGACACAGCAUUCAAAUCUAAACAUUUGCCAAGAGGAAGCUGGAGAAACUUAUCUGAGCUCAGCUGGACUGUCUAGCAGAAGCUCUGCACUGUCUACACCAACUCAAAUCCAGGUCCAAGGACAUUGAAUCUUUAGUUACUGGACUUUUGCAACUGUUUUGCUCUUUUGCCCUGUCUUUUAUUGUGUUUCAUGUUCUUUGAAAAUGGAUGUUUGUGAUCCAAGCUUAAAUUUUAGGUUAGAGGAGGUUCAUAAU